AUGAAAAAUUUAAAUGAUAGAAAAGAAUAUCGAAAAGCACUUGAUUUAUUUUAUGAAUAUGAACAUAAAAAUAAAGAAAUGAUAUCCGAUGUAGUUAUUAAUCAAGCACUUAAAUCAUUUACUAAUAUCAAAGAUUUUCAAGGUGGUUUACAUAUUUUUAAAAAAUAUUCAUCCCGUAUCGAAAAUAAUAAUUAUAUAAUAGCAUCACUUAUUCAUCUCUACAUGCAAUCUGGAGAUAUUAAUCGUGCUGAACAAAUAUAUAAUAGAUCAAAAACAAAAACAAUGGGUAUUUACGGAGCUAUGAUGAAAGGUUUAAUUAAAAAUAAUAUGUUUAACGAAACAAUAGACCUUUUCUUCAAAAUCUCAAAUCCAGAUGAAACAAUUUUUGUACUUUUUUUUCAUGCUUGCGCUCGUUUGGGUACAAAAGAAGCAUUAAUUCUAGUCAAGAAAGUUUUAUUGAAUCUUCCAAAUAAUUAUAAUGAAAAUAAAUAUAUAUUGACAACUGCUUUUGAUGCAUUUGUUAAAUGUGAUGAUUUACUAUCUGCUGAACAAAUUUUUCCUAAAAUAAAAAGAAAUGCAAUUAGUUAUGGAAAUUUGAUGAAUGCUUUUAAUAAAAAUGAACAACCAGAAAAAACUUUGGAUUUAUAUGAAAAAAUGAAAAUAGAUAGAAUUGAAGCAGAUAUUAUAUGUUGGAUUCUUUUAAUAAAUGCAUCUUCUAAUAUUGGAAUGGGUGCACUAAUUAAUACAUACGGUUUAAACGGAAUGGGUGCUGAAGCAUUAAAACUUUUUUAUGAAAUGCCACCAGAAUUGAUUUUAGAAGAAACAUAUGUUUGUGCGUUAAAUGCUUGUUCUCACUCAGGGUUUGUUGAUCAUGCUCGAACAAUAUUUUCAAAUAUAAUUAAUAAAACAGAAAAAAUUUAUGCAUCCAUGGUUGAUUGUCUUAGUCGAGCAUUCUUGUUUGAAGAAGCACAAAUAUUAAUUAAUAAAUAUGAAUCUGAUCAUUUACCUUCAUCAACCAUGCUUAUGGCAUUAUUAUCCGGUGCUCGAAAUAAAAAUGAUGAAAAUUUAUCAGAAAAAGUAUUCAAUCGCAUUGAAGAACAUUUUUCUAAACAUGGAAAUCGGCUAAUAUCGGCUUCAAUAUUACUCUCAAAUGUUUAUGCAUCAACAGGUGAUAUAGAAAAAUCGUCCAAAAUCAAAAAUAAAUUAUAUCAUCUUGGAUUAAAGAAAAAAAUCGGUCUAUCUUUUACUGAAAUUAAUGGUGAAAUAUUUAAAUUUCGAGCUCAUGAUAGAUCUCAUCCUCGAUCCAAAGAAAUUUAUGCUGAAAAUGAAAACAUAUCGAAAGAACUUAUUGAACAUGGUCAUCAAUAUGAUUCUAGUUGGAUCACACGGCCAUUAGAAGAAGGUGAAACAAUUGCAUCUAUUCUAAGUGGACACAGUGAACGACUUGCUAUUGCCUGGAAUUUUGUUGCAAACCCAAAUACAAAAAAAAUUCAAAUAACAAAAAAUCUUCGUAUUUGUGGUGAUUGUCAUCAAGUAACAAAAUUAAUAGCUGCAAUUCGUCAAUGUGAAAUUAUUGUUCGAGAUGCAAAUCGGAUCCAUCAUUUCUAUGCAAAUGGACGUUGCUCAUGUAAUGAUUAUUUUUAA